AUGGCUAGUGGCAUCAUCACCGAUAUCAGCUCGGAUGAAGAGUAUAAGCGCAAAGUCCAACAGUCAAUUGAGCCCGUCGUGGUCAUCUACUUUUCGUCGUUGGAUGAUCGGUGUAAGGCAAUGGAACCGGUGUUUGAGGAGGUAAACAACGAUAUCCAAGCCGUUAAAUUCUAUCGUAUCGAUGUCGACAAGCACAUCAUGCUGUCUAGAGCAUACAACGACAAGAUAUUGCCUAAGGCUGUCCUCGUCAAAAACGGCGCAGAUUCUUUGAUCCUACGGGGCGAUGUUUCCCAUCAAGAGAUCCGAAAAGGCCUACAAGCAAUUCUGGAUUCCUCUGUAUGA